GGAAUCGGAAAGUUUGGUGGAGCCCGGGGAAUGUCAAGGGAAUGGCAGGGGUCCGUAAAGCGUGUUUGUUGAGGCAGAUAUCUGUCGUGGUUUUUUGGCUUAUGGUAGAGAUGAGUAUUCCAGCGCAAAGUUGUUACAUUUGUAGUGAGGAUGAAUCAUUACCAUCAAUUUAUCUACCGAACGAAACGACAACGUUUGUCGGCAGAAGUGUAGCAUCACAAAUAACUGAUAUAAAAUGUUCCAAGCAGCAAGUAUUACUAUACGCAAGUUAUGCAGAGCAUCAAGUCUUUGUGAAACAAGUUGGCUCUCAGGCAUCUGGCUUCAACGGCUUCAAAACUCGAAAAAAUGUGAAAUUUGUAGCCAAGCAUGGAGAUUGCAUAGAAAUGCUCUACAAUAAAUACCGGUAUCGCAUUGAGUUUAAUCCCCCACCAGAGCAAAAAGUUGAGACGCCAAGUUUCAAGAAAAGAGCUCUGCAAUCGAGUCCCGAGAGUGAGGAAGCAGUUUCGAAGGGAGAUACAUUUACAAAGAAAUCUAAGACAGAAGAUUUAAAAGAUGACAGACAGCUGACAUCCGACAUAGAAUUAGAUAAGCGUGAAGAGAAUAUCGAGGUGUCAGAGCCGAUAGAACAGGGACUAUGGGAAGAUAUUAAUAGACAGCUUUUGAUAUACACAAGCAAGGGUGUCGUUGGAUGCUCCAAAAUAGCUGCAUACGAUAUGGAUGGUACUCUGAUAAAAACAAGAUCGGGACAUGUUUUUCCCAAAGAUCAUAGUGACUGGCAGUUGCUGUAUUCUGAAGUACCAGGAAAAUUAAAGCAAUUACAUAAGAAUGGGUACAAAAUAGUAAUUUUCACAAAUCAAGGGUUCCUUAGUCUUGGAAAAUGGAAGCCUAAUGACUUUAAGGAAAAAAUAGAGAGAAUAGUUACUAGAAUUGGAAUUCCCAUGCAGGUAUUCAUAGCAACGGGCAAGAGCUUGUAUAGAAAACCGAUGACAGGGAUGUGGGAUACCUUGGUUAAUGAUAAAAAUGAUGGUGUCCAUGUAGACAAGGAGUCAUCUUUCUUUGUUGGUGACGCAGCGGGGAGGCAGAAAGAUUGGGCUCCAAAAAAAAAAAAAGAUCACUCAAGCGCUGAUAGAUUAUUGGCUUUGAAUUUGGGAAUCAAAUUUGAAACACCUGAGGAACAUUUUCUAGGGCAUAAGCCCGUUCAAUGGAUACCACCAAAGUUUAAUCCGAAAAAGUUCGAUGAAAAUAUUAGCAUAACAGAUCCUUCAGCAGCUAAACUCACAUCGGAAGAGCAAGAGGUAAUAAUUAUGGUCGGCAGCCCUGGUUCGGGUAAAUCACACUUUGCUCAUACACAUUUACCCACUUAUCGUUGGAUAAACCGAGACAAGUUGGGAAGUUGGCAAAAAUGUGUUGCUUCAUUGGAACAAACUUUAUCUGACGGCAAAAGUGCCGUCGUAGAUAAUACUAAUCCAGACCCAACUGUUAGGCAGAAAUAUAUCGACGUUGCCAAAGCCCAUCGAGUUCCAGUCAGAUGUUUUGUAAUGGCAGCAGAUCUCGAACAAGUGAAGCAUAAUAACAAGUUUCGGCAGUUAACGGACAACUCACAUGAUACAAUAAGUGAUGCAAUCAUACAUGCCUACAUUGACACAAAGUCGCAGAUAUUAUGGCGCUGUAUCAGAUUUGUGAAGCUGCUGCUGCUGUUGAUCUUACGUAUCUACGCAUACUUCGUCAUCUGUGAUGCACCUUACAGAAAGAAUUUCAAACCACCGACUCUGGAAGAAGGCUACACUGAAAUUGUCAAGAUAAAUUUUGUGCCAAAGUUCAAAAACGACAAGGAUAAGAAACUUUACCAAAUGUACCUGCUUGAACGAUAAUCCAUACAUCAUUCACAUCGCAAAGCCCGAGCCAAUGGACGCUAAAACUACGGAAUAUCUGUUUACCUCACUGUAUAUCCAAAUUUUUCAGCAAAUAUUCUGGGAUUACCAGUAGUUCAUUAUCUCAAAUAAAUAUCUCUCAUUUACGUGUCAUAUUUCUGUGUAUUUUUUAUAGCUGUGAUUGUUUUUUUGUUUUUUUUUGAAAAGUAGAUGAUAGAAAUGGUCACAUCCUUAGAUACGACAAAGACAACAAAUGAAAAAAGUAACGUCAAACAGCAUUUACCCAAAUUAUUGGUUUAUUAAUGUGAUGUUGUAUAUGUAUUUGUUAUGUCGAAUAAAGUAUUUUUUUAAAAAAUGA